AUGUAUCUGAAUUUACGUGUAUUGCUACUGGCGUUUUUUGCCACGCAGCACAACUGUUUGGGAUUUUACAUUAGGAGGAAUACCGUUAAUUCCCCUGCAAAGGAACUCAACAGUCACAACGAUGAAUGGGGAGUCUUUCAAAAUACGCUUGGAUUAUCCAAUGAAAAAGUUGAACUGCUCAAAUCUCAAAAGGAUCAACAGGGCACAAAGGAGCUGCUGAAUCGAUUCAUCCUGGAAAACCCAAAGUACUCAUUGCCUACCAAUACUAAAAAGAGUAAACGUUUUGGUAAUCAGCUUAAGCGACUUUUGCGUGCUUUGGUUGGCUUUAACUUGAAAAGUUCGAAAAGGACGCUGAAAACCACCUUCAAUUUUGAACUGAGAAAUAAUGCACUGAAACCGCUGAAGCGAGUUCGUCGCAAGAUAUCCUUAAACAUGGUAUCCGACAUGUCCUCUGAGCGGAUCGAGCAUUUAUUGCAAAUGUUCUACCAAAAACAUAAUAUUGAUCAAUCGCAUUACAACAACGACCGAUCGGAUGCGGACUCUGACUAUGCAUACGAUAAUCUUUAUGAUGACGAAGGCGAUGUCAGCCUCACUGCCAAAUCCCGUCAAAACUCCGAAUAUGGCUCCUUCCAGGAUCUCAUUCUGCAGGCGAACCGAAAGCAAUGGGAACGGGAAAGUGAGGAAACCAAGUUGCAUAGUCCACUCAACGACCAUUUCAUUUAA